UCCGGCAACCCUCGAGGUCGCACGCGCCCUGUUACCUAAUAUCUCAUGACGAGUUGAGGCGCCGUCAGACGAACGCCCCACCGCUGCUCGUUUUGUUUUGUUUAUAAUUAUCUCAUAAACCUGAUUUUACUCUACAAGAACUCCAGUCAGCCAGACGUUUGUCCCGCAUAGUUCAGUGUAGUUGUUUGUUUUUUUUUUGUAUACAAUUUUGCCCAAUAUAAGUCAAAUAAUGGCAAAUUCUGAAGAAAUAUUGAAUAGCUGUCUCAAAAAAGUUGCAAAUGACCAAAAUUAUGAGAAUUAUGAAAUCACGAUAAAAGCUAUUUCCAGCGGAGGAGCAAACUACACCAGCGCUCUGUAUCUUGCUACUAUUCAAGCUCCAGGGAAAGACGACCUUAAGUUGUUCGCAAAAGUUGCUGUGGUCGGUGAGAAAAUAAGAGCAGUAUCUCCUUAUAAGCUCUAUGAAACGGAAAAUCUUUUUUACAAUUAUAUACUUAAGAAAUAUAAAGAAUUGGAGGAAAAAAACAAUAUUCCCGCUGAAUAUAGAUUUGUGACCCCAAAAUACUAUGGCGGAUCUGACGAAUAUUUAAAAGAAAUCUACGUUUUUGAAGAUCUAACAGCUAAGGGCUUUACAACAUAUGAUAGGUUCAAAUCGAUAGAUUGGGAAUACGCUUCCAAAAGUUUAGAAAAUCUAGCGAGAUUCCACGCACUUUCAAUUGCUUUUUCUCAAAAUGAACCAGAAGAGUUUGUGAAUAUAGACAUUGCAAAGGACCAUCGGGACUCUGAGGAAACAGCGGAUUUCGUUAAAAAUGUAAUUUCGAAUGCUCUUAAAGUAACAAGAGAAGAGAAUCGGGACCGAUUUGCAAAAUUUUUGCAUGGUUUAGUAGACUAUAAAGAGUUAAAGAAAUUUUACUGCUCUUAUAAGCGGCCUGUCAUAGGCCAUGGAGACUAUAGGCCUAGCAAUUUGAUGCACCGAAAAAUUGGCGGAAAAGUAGAAUUGAUUUCGGUGGAUUACCAGAUGCUUCAAGUAGGAAACCCUAUAGUUGACGUUCUGUACUUCAUCUUCAACGGUUCAGAUAAGAAAUUCCGAGAUCAGCACCUCAAACAGUCUUUUGAUCAUUACUAUGAAGAAUUGUCUAAGGCUCUCAAGAGAUUUCAUCUGGACCCAGAACAAUUGUACUCUAGGGAAGACUUUGACUUUGAAGUGGAACAGGUAUUACCGGUGGGGCUUCUGUUGGCUACCUAUUGUUUACUGAUAGUGACUGUGGAAUCGGAUGACGCUCCGCAGUUGAGCCAGGACACCGGCAUGAGAGACUUCGUUGUAAACCCAAACACUCUGUACACGGAAAGACUUAAUGAUAUCGUUGACGAUUAUAUUAAGAUGGGAAUUAUUUGAGAAUGAUUUCAAACGAAAACCAAAGAAAAAGAUAAAAUAAUAUAUUGUAAUAAAGAUUAAGAUAGAUUAAAUAUACAUAUAUAUAUAUAGUAUACAGGGUAAAUUAAUGUUACUGUUUUAUAAGAUUUCAACAUGUUGACAUUAUCGAUAAGUAUAUAAAGCUUACAAAUUGAGACAAAUCAUUCAAGCAACUUCCAUACUAACAGGAGUUUAUCACAACUACAUCGACUUCGAAGUUAUCAAAUUUGUCUUCAAGUUUUUCCUCUUUACCAGCACAGUAACGAUAUAGCCGAUAGAAGCUAGGAAUAUAUAUUUUUGAUAAAAAAUAUUGUUAUACUAUUUAUUUAAACCAAUCAAUUUUCUUAUUAAAUCGUAACCAUGACACGUACACUCUUGUAUAUAUUAUGCUAUACAGAAUGUCAAUGGCACAACAGUCGGGAAAAUGUAAUUCAAGUUUACACGUCGUCCAUAAAAUCGUUUGUUGGAGAUGUUUUACUAAUAAAGUAACUAAAAAAAUUAACAA